AUGAUCGAUGCUCUGAAGUAUAGCUAUCAUGACUCGGUAUUGGUAAAAAGUCUGGCGGCGGCAAAGAAGGACCCGGAGGCGGAGAAGCUGGCGACGAACUUGCAGAGCGCACGGAUCAACAAGUGGAUGGGUGCUGAGGAGAAGCCGGCGGACCUCAAACGGAUGCUUCAUAAUGGCCCAGCGUCGGAUGAAAUGUACGUCGACGAUUUGACUGCCAAACACCCGGCGAAGGCGAAGUCUGCGGUCUCGACGCUCACGGAUCAGUACGGCGACGCUGGUCUGUACAAGAUCAUCAAAUUCUUCCUGACAGAGAAAAUCUCCGCGGAAGCGAUCGCUAUUGCCAAGAGACUGCAGAAGGAGCAACUGCAGCACUGGUUGGCCGCCGCGCAAAAGCCCGACGACGUCUUCCACUUUAUGAAACUCGACGAGUCACUAUACAUCCAUCUGGACGACGAAUUUGCAGCAUGGGUCAAAUACGUGGACGAGUUUAAUACCAAGUACCCCAAGCACUCCGUAUCCAUGGCGUCGACGCUUACGAAGUACCACAACGGGGGCGUCCUCUUCGCAGAUGCUGAGGCGGCGAAACGUCUCGCGACAACUGGAAUCAUCGCCACCAAGUUGCAGAACGACCUGGCGAAGUUUUGGCUUGACGGUGGGAAAACUCCGGCGGCUGUUCUGAAAGAGAUCGGACUCAACCAGCAACCACUGUCCUACAUUCUCGGAAAUCCACAUAGAACGAUGUUGGAGAUGCCGUUGUUCAAGAGUUGGGCCAGGUACGUGGAGGCUUUCAACACGAAGUUUCCCCAAGAGAGGACCGUCGUGAUCGAGUUGUUAACGCGAACAUUCGGCGACACCAACGUGGCGAAGAUGCUGUAUUACGACGCGGGGGAUGAGAUUAUCGGAGAUAGUGUGUUCCAGAUGUGGCUGCAGUACGUCAAGGGUUUCAACAAGAAGAACCCGCAUCACCCCGAAUCUACUCCCCCCAAGGUUGCGUUUGGUUACCUGCACCUCGACGACAUUGACGAAAUGACUUUACUCUCCAAUUUCAAGUUCAAAAUGUGGACGGAGUACCUAGACGACUUCAACCGUCUGUAUCCCGAGAAAAAGACGACCAUGAUCGACAGCCUCAGGGCGAACUACGAUGACAACCAAUUACUCGCAGUGUUUACUGCGGCGAAGAAGGACCCCAGCACGGAGAAAUUGGCCACAAAUUUGCAGAGCGACCUCAUCAGCAAGUAG